GAGCGGUGAAGAACUGGAAGAGUCUGAUGGUGGUGACUACAAGGAAGAGAAAGAAAGGGGGAGAGAGCCCAGAGCAGAAGACAAACGAAACUCACAUGGCCGUCAGCCAAUCAAACGAGAGGAAGAGAAAUCCGAGCAACCCUGGGGGAGAGGGAGAGGCAGGAAAAAGAACGCAAAAGGGGGGAAGCGGAGCGUGAGAGAGGAGGAAGAGGAAGAGGAAGAGCAGAAGCUGCCUGAGGAAGAGACGCCCAAGCAUAGAAAGAACCGCAAAAAUGAGAGAACCAAGAAACAAGACCCUAAGGAGGAGAAAGAGGAGAGAGAGGUAGAGGGGGUGGAAGGAGACUCCAAGAGAAAGACAAAAGACAGACAUACAAAGAAAGGUGAGGAGAAAGGCAAAGGUGGUAAGAAAGGAAGACAGGAAAUAAAGGAAGAUGCUGAAAAGAAUGACAAGGAGAAAAAGAAGAAGAAAAAGAAAGUGGUAACAAGCUCCGAGUCUGAGGAGUCUUCUGAAGAAGACGAGGAGGAGGAGGGAGAGGAGGAGGAGGAGCAGGAGGGGAAAGAGGGAGCGCUUUCAUUGGAGGAGCUGGAGAAACUGAAGGAGGCGGUGGAGGAGAGGAAGAAGCUCAUCAUUACUCUGAGGGGCAAACCAUGGCCCAUGAAGAAGAAGCUGGUAACUCUGAGGGAGUCCCAGGAGUUUGUGGAGAAGUACGAGGGGGCGCUCGGGAAAGGAAAAGGCAGGAAAUUCUACGCUUACAAAGUGAUGAUGAUGAAGAAAUGGAUGAAGUUUCACAGAGAUUUUGAAAACUUCAAAACUGCCUGCAUUCCCUGGGAAAUGAAAAUAAAGGAGAUUGAAAGCCAUUUUGGCUCCUCUGUUGCCUCCUAUUUCAUCUUCUUGCGCUGGAUGUAUGGCAUCAAUAUGAUUCUGUUUGGGCUGACUUUUGGCCUUGUCAUGGUACCAGAGGCGCUGAUGGGAAAACCAUACGGCAGUAUGCCCAGAAAGACUGUGCCCAGGAAUGAGGAGGCCACUGCCAUGGAUUUUGCUGUUUUAUGGGACUUUGGGGGGUAUGCCCAGUACUCUGUCCUGUUCUAUGGCUACUACAAUAACCAGCGUGCCAUUGGCUGGCUCAAGUUCCGCAUGCCACUGUCCUACUUCCUGGUGGGGGUGGGGACAGUGGCUUACAGCUACAUGGUGGUGAUAAGAACGAUGGCUCGGAAUGCCAAUGAGGAAGGGGGCGGGGAUGACACCAGCUUCAACUUCAGCUGGAAGAUGUUCACCAGCUGGGAUUACCUCAUUGGUAACCCGGAAACUGCCGACAACAAGUUUGCCUCCAUCACCACCAGCUUCAAGGAGUCCAUUGUGGAGGAGCAGGAGAGCCACAAGGAUGAGAACAUCCACCUGACUCGCUUCCUCCGGGUGCUGGCCAACUUCCUGGUCCUCUGCUGUCUGGCGGGGAGUGGCUAUCUCAUCUACUUUGUGGUGAGGAGGUCGCAGAAGUUUGCCCUGGAGGGUCUCGAGAACUACGGCUGGUGGGAGAGGAAUGAGGUGAACAUGGUGAUGUCUCUGCUGGGAAUGUUCUGCCCGAUGCUGUUUGAUGUCAUCAGCACCCUGGAGAACUACCAUCCCCGCAUCGCCCUCCAGUGGCAGCUGGGCCGCAUCUUCGCCCUCUUCCUCGGCAACCUCUACACCUUCAUCAUCGCCCUCAUGGACGAGAUCAACCUCAAAAGAGAGGAAGAGGAGGUGGUCAAGUUCAACAUGACUAUCUGGCAGGCCAGUCUGUACAAUGGCAGUCUGGCAGGGAAUACCACUGCUCUGCCUAUAACUGUGGACCCGGCUGACGUGCCCAGGGGCCCUUGCUGGGAGACCAUGGUGGGCCAGGAGUUUGUCCGGCUCAUAAUUUCGGACACGAUGACCACGUACAUCACGCUGCUGAUUGGGGACUUCCUGCGGGCCGUAUGCGUGCGCUUCCUCAAUUACUGCUGGUGCUGGGACCUGGAGUAUGGAUUUCCCUCGUACUCUGAGUUUGACGUCAGUGGAAAUGUCCUGGGACUGAUAUUCAAUCAAGGCAUGAUCUGGAUGGGCGCGUUCUACGCCCCCUGCCUGCCGGCGUUGAACGUGCUGCGUCUGCACGUGUCCAUGUACCUGCAGUGCUGGGCUGUCAUGAGCUGCAACGUCCCCCAGGAGAGGGUCUUCAAAGCGUCCGGCUCCAACAACUUCUACAUGGCCAUGCUGCUGGUCAUCCUCUUCCUGUCUACGUUACCAGCUAUUUACACCAUCGUCUCCAUCCCCCCCUCUUUUGACUGUGGCCCCUUCAGUGGGAAAAGCCGCAUGUUUGACGUGAUCCAGGAGACCCUGGAGAGUGACUUUCCUGCGUGGUUUGGGAAGGUGUUCAGCUACGCCUCGAACCCUGGGCUCAUCCUCCCUUUCAUCCUACUCAUGAUUUUAGCCAUUUAUUAUCUGCAGUCCACAUCCAAGACAUACAAGACUGCCAAUGUGGAGUUAAAGAAGAAACUUCAGACUCAAAAUGAGGAGAACAAGAAGAAGAACAAGAAGGCAGCCCUGAAAGCAGCAAGUGAUUUGGAAGAAGCGAGAAACUCUGUCACCUCUAGGCAGGAGGGAAACAAUCCCUCACUCCCUAGCACUAGAGGUGACCGGAAAGGAUACAGCAGAGAGGCCGAGAGGUGCAGGCAGGAUCAGACGGGGCAGGAGCUUCGGAGGAGCUCUGGGGCCCCUCCCUCCCGCACACCGGUCACAAGGGCACCGCCCCCACGGGGUUAUGGAACGCAGGGUUACCUACCCGGAAACCCCCGGCAACCUGAACCCAGGAUGCACAGGGCCCCAGACUCCUUCAGACGCUGAACUGCCGGCUAUCACUUGCUGUGAGACUGAGUAAGACUUCCCUGCUCUGCAUGAUGUCAUCGAUGCACAAAUGCUGACACAACGAGAGGACACUUACGAUGCCUGUGUAAUCCAGGACCCAUUUCAUUGUAUGUCUUCACUUCCCUGCCCACUCUUGCUCCUGAACUGUGGUAGAAUGGCACAACAUUCUACAAAUGUAUGUAUUUAUUUACUUUUCAUAAAAGACGCACUAUAUAUAAACAUAUUACUCAUUUUUUACAUACUGAUUUAAUUGUGUGACUCACGUGUUACUUAAUAAAUAUACU